AUGAUCUCUACUUCCUCACCGUCCAUCAGCGGCGGAAGUGAAGCUGAAGCUGGCUCGAAAGCUCGGAGUCCUGAUGCGACAUUGAGGGAGUUUCUGCUGCAGCACGAACCGGCUUUCGCCAGACUGGAGGAGCUGCGGAAAAAGGGAUGGGCUAAUCCACGUGGGGACGGGUACUUCAAACAGCAACGACAGAGGGCCGAUAACGCUGGAAAGGAAGCUGCUCUUAGGUUCUACGAGAUGAUGCGCCAAAUUGGUGACGAGUUGCAACGCAGCACACAAGCGCUCAGCCAAACACCUUGUGAUGACGAAGAUAUCAAGAUUCUGGAUCUAUGCAUGGCCCCUGGCGGGUAUACGGCUAGUGCUUUGAAGUACAACCCCACAGCAAAAGCAUUUGGAAUUACUCUUCCAUCCGCUCAGGGCGGCCACGAGGUGCUCUUGCGGUCCCCCCAAUGCAACGUUGUACACCUCGACAUCACAAUGUUGGCCAAAGAGUUUGGCAUCAAGAACAUCCCGAUCACGCAUCCUGAGCAAGCCAACUUCCUAAACGAUCGCCCGUACCGAAAACACAGAUUUCACCUAGUCUUCUGCGACGGCCAAGUACUACGAACGCAUCAGAGGGCUGAAUACCGCGAGCUUCAGGAAGCACUCCGCCUCACCGUUUCCCAGCUGAUCUUGGCAUUGCAACGCAUUCGAACUGGGGGAACGCUGGUUAUUUUGCUGCACAAAACAGAGGUAUGGGAUACCACAGAGCUUCUGCACCUGUUUAGCCAGUUUUCUUCGAUCCGGCUCUUCAAGCCUCGGCGGAAGCACGCAAUAAGAUCGUCCUUCUACCUUGUCGCGACUGACGUGCGGCCAGAGACCAGUGCUGCGAAAUCGGCAGUUGAGACAUGGAAGCAAGCUUGGCAGCGUGCAACAUUUGGAGGCGAAGAGGGUACAGGAGAGAAAAAGACCAUGGCGAGCGAGGCCUAUGUGGAGAGUGUACUUGACCAGUUUGGAAAGCGUCUCAUUGAACUAGGCCGGCCGAUAUGGGAGAUUCAAGCAGACGCAUUGAGUAAAGUGGACUUCAUCAAGUAA